CCAAACAAUGCACAUUCGGCGCAUGACUAAAGGGAUGUAUCAGCGCGUGCCACGGGCGGGACGUUAGCGUGAGUAGAGAUUUGAACCAGCGAAAAGUAUAUUGACCAGAACGAGCCAGACCACGCCAGACACAACAGUGUCAUGUAGCCGACAAACAGACUCAAACAAUGGAACACGCCAGCGGAAAUAGAGCAGGAGAGAUUUCAUAAAAACCACUGUUGUCUCUAAAAAUACUGACACACGCACUUGCUUGUCAUUCGAUAGCGAUACUGGAUAACGUUCGAAUUGUAUUGAUUCAUUCAUUUUAAUAGGAAUAGUUCUAUUGUGAAAACGAAAAAUUGAAGAAAAAAAAAAGAAUUGUGUCAUGAUUGAUUUGGUAGACAUGAAAGACCGAGAUGAAUCCCUGUUGAUGAAUCGUCCUCCGGUUGCUAACUCCUGCGGCUAAGUGGAGAUCACGUGACAACUAGUAGCUAAUGUGGCCGUGAAAUGGCCGCUAUCUAGCAUCGAUCCAUCAUCACUCAUAGAUGCCGUAUCUAUGGCGUCUUAAUUUUAAUACUCUUAUUCGCUUGUACGUCAUAGUAACAACGACAGCCCGGUCUAGACGAGACGGGACACAUUAAUGGGAUGCUAAGAGCUGAUGAAAAGUACCCAGAUCAACUCUGUUUACCGCAAACAUCCGUGGUCACGAUGUUUACCGAAAGAUUCCUGUUCAGAACGGUGUAAACAAUGAAUGUUUGAUUUCUCCUUGCAUACCGGGAGGACGAUAACGUUUCUAGGACUGAUGUCACUUGAUGAGAACAUGCAUCGCUUCUAUUUUUAGAAUGAUGAGAUCAUAGCAUACAUCAGGCUUGUCUACAUCCGGAUGAGCACACAUGUUUUGAAGAGAUAAAAGAGACAGGGAACGGUACCAACCUUUACUAAGAAAUGUGAUCUUAGAAGCACGAGAAAUGGUAGCUGAAAGUGUACGGUAACCUUCACUAAGAAAUGCCAUGUGAUCUCAGCGUCAUAUGUCCCAGUGAUUCAGAAACGAUAAACCGAACCAAAGAAGAAAGUAUUAACAGAACAGAUAAUGGCUACAUCAACUUGACGGUGGUCAAUACGACAGCUCUUCCCCCACACCUCACCCCGGGCUCUGGUCUAUUUCCUGGUGUCCCUCAGUUCACGGCCAUAGUCACCAUUUUAUGUUUCUCAGCGUUCGUCUUCCUAUGCAGCUCGCUGGUCUUGAUGGCGACCCGCUACACCAGCGGGGGCCGCAGCGCCACCCUGGUGUUCCUCAGGAGUUUGUGCCUGUCUGACAUCCUCAUGUCUACCUACGGCGUGUCCAAGAUGAUCAUGCUCAUGUAUUUAGAUACGCUCAACAUCAAUUUCUUCCUGCCCGACAGCCUCUUCUUCACGGCGUCUCUCGCCUCCACCAUGUCACUGCUCUCUCUCAAUAUUGACUGUUAUCUCAAGCUGGCCAGGCCGCUCAAGUAUGCCCAGAUGGACAAAGACACAGUUAUCACCAUCAUGCUUCUGGUCUGGAACGGCGCCUUCAUCCUCGGCUUUCUGCCACUUGUGGGCUGGCACGACCACGACUACACCCAUCGCUUCUUCGACUUCUACCCCUGGCACUAUCUCCUCUUCUCGGGCUUCAUCAUCGUUGUCUGUGUUGUGGCGUGCAUCGCCUGCAUGGUGUCGCUGAAUAAAUCCUACACCAUCCCCAAGACCGACGUCUUCUCUACCCGCACGCUGGAGGCGAGGAAGUACCACCACCUCCAUCGGACCAUCAUAGCCGAGUGUGUGACGUGGCUGCUGUGUUACCUCCCCUUCUUCGUCUACAUCGCCCUCGCCUGUCGCCAGUGCCUUCUGUCAGACUACGACUAUAGUGAUGCGGUUGUCAUCUACUUCAUACCCGUGUUCCUGGUUAAAUCCCUCUUUAGCUCGGCCCUGCAGGCCUUUAGAACUCUGCACGUGCAUAUUAUAAUGAACCAUUUCAUCUCGGAGAUCAACCUGAUCAAGUACUUCAAGUAUCGCCGGCGGGACACGCCCAAAGAGCCCGGGACUGGCGCCAUCUCCUACAUCAAUCCACUGUGCGGUUACCAUAGUGAUCCUGUGUACGGAGACCACGUGGUGAGAAUUGAAAGAAACCAGGUCAGGUUACAUCAUAACCUGAGUGAGACAGAUCUAACGGAGCUGAGCCGUGUGUCUGAGACCAGUCUCAACGGCUCCAGCAUGACUGGCAUCGCCAACCUUUCCUUCAAAUCAUCCAUUGAGAUGACAAACAUCACUCAAGAAACCACGUCACUAUGAUAUGUAUACACUGCUAGAUGGUAUACAAUGUUCAACGGGUGGUUUCAAUUUUACUUCAAUAUAUGUGAUAUCAACUUCUGUUUCAUAUGGGUCAUAUAAAGACUACUUUCAUGUCAAUGAAAAAAGGAAUGGCAACACUUUAUAUAGUAUCAACAUCUCAAAGAAAAAAAAAAUAUCAUUCUGUUAUUCAAACACCAUUUUUAUGCUAAUAAGUC